UGUGAGGACGAGCGUUUCGAGCUGGACAUGGUGAUCGAGGCCGGUAGCAGCGCGAUCAACCUCUUGGAGCCCAUGGAGGAGGAAAUCAAGUGCAUCGACAAGACCGCGGGGGCUCGGUACCAGUUCAAGCUGGACAGGCGCGUGCUGAGCCCGGUCCAGCUGGCCGCCAUCACGAGGAUCUACGGGGAUCACGGGGCGGAGAUCCUGGAGCUCCUGCGGAAGAACCCUUGCAAGACGGUCCCGGUGAUUCUGGCCAGGCUGAGGCAGAAGGACGUGGAGUGGAGGGUGUCGCGGGAGCGGCUGAACAAGCUGUGGUCGAACGUGCAGCGCAGCACCUACUACAAGUCUCUGGACCGGCGGUCCAUCGACCUCAAGAAUGAGGACAAGAAGGCUCACUCCGCGAGGGUUCUCGUCGCCGACAUCACUCACAGGCGCGCGGCCCUGUUGGCGAAGGAGGAAGAGCCCAAGCCUCUGGACAGGGCGGCUCUUGCGGACGCCGCUGAUGCCGCGGCGAAGGAGGCGGCUAAGGCUAGCAACAGCAGCAGCUGCGGUGGCGACGAGGAUGAUGACGUCACGGGCAAGGGCAAGGGAAAGAAGGAUGAUGACAUGGACACCGACGACAACGAGGCUGGCUCCAAGGAGGGUAAAGGUACCGGCGGCGGCGAUGGAGACAAGGGCAAGGCGGCCGCGGCAGAAGAGAUUAAGGACGAGAGUAACCAAGAAGGGACGAACGAUGCAUCCUCUUCUUCCUCGCCCGUCAAGCAGCAGCAGAAGGUCAAGGCCGAGAUUCAGAACGGCGACGGCAAGGCGGGGGAGGAGGGGGAGGAGGGGGCCCGACAAGCGGCUGUGGACAAGAUGGUGGCCGACCACGAAGCUCAAGUAAUGGCAGCCAAGCAGGCCAAGGCCGAGAGGGAAAGGAUGGAGUCCAGCGCGCCCCACUUCAUGCAGACACACUUGGCGCUGUCCUACCCCCCGUCCACAGUACGGAGAGACAUGCACCAGCUCCUGCUCCACGCCGUGCGGCACUCUAGCAACACCCCCUCUGACAAGAACAAGAUGCUCAAGGCGUUGCCGUCGCUUCGCGCGUGGAUGGGCGGGUCGUUGUCAUGGGAAGACAUGACGGCCGGCCACAACGUCUCCAAGGUGUACAGCGGCGCCGGCGUGAGAGGGGUCGGCACGCCGGGGAGCGGGGUCGGGGACUUGAAGGCGGGCUGGAUGGUGUUGCUGAGGAGAGGGGAAGCCCGAGUAACGGCCGUCAAGAAGGGCCCGGCGCCGGCAGAUGCACCGCCUACUGUGCCCGGUGGAAACCCGGCGGACGUGGUGGUGGAGGUGGAGGCGACGAUGAUGUCGGGCGGGGCUAGCGUUACCGCGAAAGCGGGAGAGAUCCUUCAGGUCCGGCCGGAAGGGGUGGGCGUGAUGCCGCCGUCGCCGCUCACCGAAGACUCUGACAGCCCCCGGUCGACCACGGGGAAGGACGCGGCGGGGGCCUGGAGCGGCGGCGGAGGGGCGAGGGGAGCGGAGGCGGGGCCGGUGCUGCCGGAGAGCGAGCGAGUGCUGCUGUGCACGCAGGAGCUGUACGUGCUGAUGAGGAUUCACCACGUGCUGUGUGACCGGUUGGGCAAGGCUGUCAAGCUGGCGGAGGACGCCAAGGCCCUCAAGGCCGGCCAGAAGGACCACCCGCAGAACCCCAUCAUUCGCGAGAGCUGCGAGACAGACGAAGAAAAGCUGAUGCGAUCUCUGGGUCUUGGGGGGGGGGACUCGCCCCUCGCUUUCAGCCUCGCCCCCCCACCGUCCUCCGACGGGAAGGGAGGCGGUCUGAGGGGUUACAGCGGUUUCCUGGCCCUGCUGUACGCCUUCACAGAUCAGAGCAACAGCGAGCUGAAGCUGGAAGACGCCGUGCAGCUCACCGUCGGCAACGAGGCCUACAUGCUGUUUUCCUACGACAAGGUUAUCAACGCUUUCUUGCGGCAACUCAAGCUGGUCGUGGACGACGACUCCUCCCUCAAGAUGCUGCAGCUCUUCGAGCACCAGGCCGCGCUGGGUGCGUUCCAGCCGGCGCGAUUGCUUUCGGAGUGCCGCAAGGUGCUCAAGAGCAAGGUCGACAACCUGUUCAGGCUGCAGUGGUCGACCGCACCAUCAUCUUCAUCAUCAUCAUCACCGUCUACAGCCGGGGAGGAUGAGGGCGCCUCCCUCCUCAUCGAGCUUGUGGUGCCCAACUCGACCUGCAGCGGCAGCAGCAGCAGCGGGACUGGAGCCACCCUGGCCGUACCGGAGACGUCGAGGUCUGCAAGCCCGACGGCAGAGGCGCCCGGCAAGGGAAACGCUGAUGCGUCGGCGGCGGUGGGAGGCACAACAGCGGAGUCCGAGCGCGCAUCGACCGGCGGCAGCAGCAGCGGUGCUGGUACCGGAGACAAGGGAAGCGCCAGCGCGGCGAGCGGCGAUGCAUCUGCCACCGCUUCCUCUUCCGGCGGCGGCGGUAGCGCUAGCACGGAGAAGGCUUCGACCCCCGUGCAGGAGUUGGCAGCGGCGGCGGCGAUGGAUGCCGAUGUGAGGCCGGCGGCGAGUGAUGCCGCACCGGCAGAAGGCGUUGACAAAGCCGCGGGCGGGAAGGGCGGGGGAGGAGCGGCAAAGGCUGGUGAGGCCGCGGUGGCGCAGGAAGUGGUAAGGCUGGGGAAGCGGGGUCCGUCGUCGAGCGAUGCCGAGGGGGGCGGCGACGCUAACGGGAACGCCGACGGAGGAGGUGGCGAGGCCGACAAGGACAAGGCGUCGUCGGAAGAGAGGGCCAAGAAGAGGCGGAAAGAGGAGGCAUGAGGGGGGGGGUACCUACCUGGCUGUCGGCGUUUAUUCUGACCAUAGCAUGAGAAGAUGAGCAGAAAGGGGGGACGAGUGGGGUGCGAGAACCCCACGUGGCGCUACGGGGAGGUCCGCACCUCCUGUGCAUCAGAUCUUCUGUUUUUUUUUUCUCUAGCGGUGGCGAGGAAGAGUGCCCCGCGGAAUAUUUCGCAGUUAUUCUGGGGGGGGGGCGCACGCAGGUGAUGAUGAGUGUGAUUAUUAGGUCCUUCGAAUUUGCUGGCCGGUGGGGUAGUUGGCCCAGCUCCGUGCACGAUAGCCGCAGGAGACAACGACAGGCCAGGCAUACAAUAAAUAUAUAUCAGUUUUAGAAGGCGUUGCUCGGUAGCGGUGGGGGGAGGGGGACGAUACGCGAAACGCUCCUCGGCCCCAUGCUUGACCCACGAUCCCGCCGGGUUCCCCCCUGAUUUUUCUGGCGAGUAUGUUCUCUGCUUCGGAUGGGUCCCAGGGCAAAUCGAUGUAAAGGGACCGGCGGCGAGGUUGUUUUCUCUAGUACAGCGUAAACGUAAGCGUCGAUUUGGGGGCGGGUCGGUCGUUUUUUACGAAUGGUGCACGGCUGAUUAGCCUCAGCAUCGCUGCAGCCGUCGCGUUAGGAUUGGAAAACGUUUUUUGUGGGCUCUGCAGAGGGAGGCUGUAGACACACAACGGAAAAUCACGGGGUUGGGCGGUGGGAAUAGUACCGGGAUUGGCGUUGGUGGUGUUGAUGGGUUGUUGGAUGCCUCCGGCGUAGAUUGAUCUCGUACCACCCUGCACGUAUCUCCACUGAACGAGUCGUUGGUUGGGCUGAAAUCCGCCCGCUCCUGCAUUGGGGUUCACCUCCAUGCGGUGCGGUGUGAUUUCAAAGAUGCGACUCGAGAUGCACAUGCUUCGUGCGAAGGCGUGGAGAUGUCGGUGGACGCAAUGGGGGGAAGGGGGCCUACCUACGUACCCGCCCAUAAUCCUCUUGGUUUCAACUAUCGUUGUGUUUUUUUAUUGUAGAAGGGGUGGUCAGUGAUGAAUGGGACCGGGCUGAGAUGGGCUUGAAUCGUGCCGGUGUGGAACGUGCUGCUCCUUUUCGACGGGUCUAGAAAAGGCGGCGUUUCGCGUAGUGUUUGUUCGAACGAGCCUGGAUACGUGCCGGGAGACCGCGGGAACAUUGGUUGGCUGUUUGUUUCGCUUUUUUCGAUCGGGUAUUCCCGACAGCAGCCGUGUUUGUUUGGCCGUAGGAUGGUAGGUAUGGACAUGUGUUGGUUUUGGGGUGUGAGCUCACGUCUGUGUUCUUCCCGGGCUUGCCCAACCUUCACGUGAUCGCAGACAGACCUACCUGCUGCCAUCUCCGUGUGCGGUGGCAGCGGUUUGGGGUGUAGCAAGUGGGAGCUUGGCUUUGCGAGCAGCGCAGCAGCACGCGAUCGAUGAUCACUUCUUUGGAACGAACGCGGGUCAUCUCUCUGGAAUCUUUACAUUUCCUUGGAGAUAGAUGUGGUGACGCCGCUUUGUAAAGUGAAGAGGAAGAAGAGAGGGUUCAACUGCUUCUCCUCCGGCUGCUGCUCUAUUGUUUCCUCCGGGAUUGGCAGCGUGACAGCGUGACUGAGGUGGUGGUUGUACGCGUCGCAACACGGUUGUUGGAUUGGGGGGAUUGUUGUACGAAAUAUACAUGGCGGUUACAGCUGCCUGUCUGUGCUUGCUUGCUGUUAUUGUUGCUGUUUGUUGUCUUAAAGUAAAAAAGAACUGCAGCAGUGACGACCCUCUGUCCUACUACAUUGUGGUGGCACCAUGUAUGUCCAUGUCAUGUACAACAUAUUGUACCACGUCAUAGAUAUAUACAUCCGGGCCGCACGACCUCAAGACAGGUCUUCGCCGAUCGAUCCACCGACGCAGUUUACUUGCGU